AUGAUUUCAACUGUCUCACCUGAGACCAACUUCACUACAGUCGUCUCAAAUACCAAGUCCAAAGAACAAAUACUCACUCAGAGUUCAGGGGCUAUGAUUGCGGUCAUCGUCAUUGGUAUAAUUAUCAUCUUAACUAUACUGCUUGUCAUCCUGAAGACGUACAACAGGCGGACACAUGCUUCCAGAGUGCUGGGUAGGGGAUCCAAAGGUCCACCUCGUCAGAAGAUGUCUUCCUCUACAGUGCAGACCAGCAUACCCUUGGGAAAUCUAGGAGCCAGCUAUCUGUCUGGCAGCUUUGCUCUGUCAGGUAGUAUGUCAGAAAAUGGAUUCCGGCUACCCCGAGUGGAACUAAGUAGCCUGGACCAAAACAACUUGGAGCAGCAGAGUACGGGGAGUAAUUCGACAGUGGUCACCAUACAUGAUACUCCAUCACUGGAAAAUACAUAG